CCUGUUCAGGAGUGCGAGAGAGGGAUGCGGGGGGAGUGGAAAGGAGAGAGAAUUGGAGAGAGAGAGCCUCGGUGAGAGUGAGGAUCGGUGCGUGAAACUCGUGCGGUGGGUUGUGGGACUGAAGCACUAGUCCACAGGCUGCAUUUCUAUGGGAAGGGGUAUCAAAUAAUCAGGAAGCCAAAUACCGCACGAAGUUCUUUACUUGAGAAGGAGCGUUUCUCUGAACAGAAUUAUAACUUAUUUUAAAAUUAUUUUAAACUCACAGUUCAUCACAUGAGUGUUACAGAAACCGGCAAUAGUUUAUCCGAGGAGAAGGUUGUUUUCAAACCCUGUACAAACAAUUCAGGUUUCCAUGUUUUUACACUUCCAUGCUCAAGUGCGGUUAUUUUCCUUUUUAUCGAAUUCGUUCCAGCGCUGCUGUAGAUAGUUUUCAGGACUUGGGUAAAGCGCCGCAAUGGAUCUAUCGCUAUUAUCCCGGGAAAAUGCACGGCGGCGGCGGAACUACGAUAACUUAAUGGCCCCAAACAACAGCAGAAACCCGGUGCUUCUUUCGGUUCGUGCGGCUCUUCUAGCAGUCAUCAUUUUCUUUGCUAAAGGUUUGUGUGUACAGGCUGCCUCCCUGUACUUCACCAAAGAGCCAAAGUCCCAGGAUGCAUUGCAUGGGCGUAGCGCCAUGCUGCGCUGUGAGGUCAAUGACCCGGCGGACGUGACUUACAGCUGGUUGCAGUACGGCGAGGUUGUGAGCGACUCGGACCGCCGCUUCCAGGAGGGCGGUAACCUCAAGUUCGCGGCUGUGGACCGGCGGCAGGACGGCGGAAGCUUCCAGUGUGUAGCCCGCACGGCGAGCGGCGAGGAGGUCCGGUCCAGCAACGCGUCCUUCAACAUCAAAUGGCUGGAGAGUGGGGGCGUGACCCUACAGGAGCCUGCUUCGGUGGAGGAGUUAGAGAGCUCUGCACUUGUAACGCUGCAGUGUCACAUUGAUGGACACCCACGCCCAACCUGCCAGUGGUUCCGGGACGGUACGCGGCUGACGGAGGGGACGCACCAGAUGAACAGUAAAGAGCGCACGCUCACGCUGCAGAGCGCCAGUCCUGACGACAACGGCCUGUACUACUGCUGCGCCAAGAACACAGUCGGGCACGUCUGCAGCAGCCACAACUUCACCCUCAACAUUAUAGAUAAGAGCUUCCCCCGGCCAGUGCUCAUCCCGGAGGACCAGGUGGUUCUGAAGAACGAGAUGGCCGCCUUCCACUGCCAGUUCUCCGCGGAGCCCGCCCCCACCGUCCAGUGGUACCAUGAGAACGAGCUGCUCACCAACAAGUCUCGCAUAGUCCUGCUAAGUAAUGGCACCCUCCUCAUCGGCCAGGUGAAGCCGCGGAACACGGGAGUUUACAGCUGUGUGGCCCGCGGGCCCCGGGGCCCCGAAACCAAGCUGCAGGCCACCCUGCACCUGGCAGAGAUUGAGGACCUGGGGCCCAGCCUGUCCAGGGUGUUCCCGGUGGACACCGUGCAGCGUGUAGCUUGCGGGCCCCCGCGGGGGCUCCCUGAGCCUGUGCUGUGGUGGGAGCGCGGGGGGGUGCGGGUGCCCCAGGACGGCCGGGUUCACCAGGACGGUGCAGAGCUAGUGUUCAGCCCCACAGAGGGAGGGGACUCGGGUUCCUACACCUGCAUCGCCCAGAACAAGGCCGGCCAGCGGCAGCAGGAGCUCAGUGUCACUGUGGCCACUGCUCCUGAGUGGGUGACCAAGCCUGAGGACAGCCAUCUGGAGGAAGGUCACCCUGGUUACCUCCACUGCCACACCCGUGCCACGCCCACCCCUGAGAUCACCUGGCUGCGCAGUGGAGUGAACAUCAACACGGAGGACGGGCGCUUUAAGCAGUUCCCAAACGGGACGUUGCGCAUAAACAGCGUGGAGGUGGACGAUGGGGUGCAGUUCACCUGUCAGAGCAGGACGGAGGGGGGUGUGCUGAGCGGCCAGGCACGGGUCUAUGUGCUGGAGAGGCUCAAGUUCACUCCGGCCCCCCAGCCGGUGCAGUGCCUGGAGCUGGACCAGGAAGUGAGUGUGCAGUGCUCCGCUACAGGCCGCCAGCCUCCCUCCAUCCUGUGGGUCAGAACCGACGGCAGCCAGAUCCCACCCCACGUGGAGCAGAGGAACGGCGUUAUGCACUUUUCAAAGGUGACGCGUGGCGACGCCGGAAAUUACACCUGUGUUGCCUCGAACGAGCUGCAGGGGGCGAUUCGCACAACGGUGCACCUCUCCGUAGGAGUGUACGUGGUGUUUCGGCUGGAGCCAGAGAACACCACGGUGUACCAGGGCCACACUGCCAUGCUGCACUGCCAGGCCAGCGGGGACCCGCCCCCCUCCAUCCGGUGGACGGUCAAAGACAGGGCGCUGGACCCCGGCCUGAGCAGGUUCCAGAAGAUGCCAAACGGCUCCCUGGUGAUCCGUGGUGUUACUACGGAGGACACAGGGAAAUACACCUGCAUUGCUGGGAACAGCUGCAAUACCCGCUCCAGCGCCGCCCAGCUUUAUGUUGUGGAGAAACCGGCGCAGCCUGCUGGGGAGGGGGGCGACAGGGCUCCCUAUAAGAUGAUCCAGACCGUGGGGCUGUCGGUGGGGGCCGCGGUCGCUUGCGUCAUCCUCGUCCUCGGCCUCGUGUUCUACUGCAAGAAGAGACGCAACGCCAAGCGACAGCAGAAGGGAGCCGAGGGGGAGGAGAUGGAGUGUCUCAACGGGGGAGCUGUGCAGCAGAAUGGCCAGAUGAUGGUGAAUAUCCAGGAAGUGGUGGCUCUGACCGACCUGGGUACCACGGCAACCGCAACCAAACGUCACAGCAGCAGUGACAAGCUGCACUUCCCCCGCGCCCGUCUGCAAACCAUCACUACACUGGGGAGGGGUGAGUUUGGGGAGGUGUUGCUGGCGAAGGCGAAGGGCAUUGAGGAUGAGGAGGAGGAGACGCUGGUGCUGGUGAAGAGUCUGCAGACGCGUGACGAGCGGCUGAGGCUGGGCUUCCGCCGCGAGACGGACAUGUUCGCCAAACUGAGCCACGCCCACGUGGUGCGGCUGCUGGGCCUGUGUCGGGAGGCGGAGCCUCACUGCAUGAUCCUGGAAUACGUGGACCUGGGGGAUCUGAAACAGUUUCUCAGAAUCUCAAAAAGCAAAGAGAAGCUCAAACAUCCGAUCAGCACCAAGCAGAAAGUGUCCAUCUGUGCCCAGGUAGCGGAGGGCAUGGAGCACCUGUCCGCCCGGCGCUUUGUGCACGGGGACCUGGCGGCUCGGAACUGCCUGAUCAGCGCUCAGCGCCGCGUCAAAGUGUCCGCGCUCGGCCUCAGCCAGGACGUGUACAGCAGUGAGUACUACCAGUAUCGGCAGGCUAGGAUUCCGCUGCGCUGGCUGCCAGCUGAGGCUGUCUUUGAGGAUGACUUCACCAAGGCGGAUGUGUGGUCGUUUGGGGUGCUGAUGUGGGAGGUGUUCAGCCACGGGGCGCUCCCCUACGCCGAGCUCAGCGACGAGGAGGUCCUGGAAGCUCUAAAGGAAGGAACUCUGAAGUUGGCUGUUCCAGAGAACUGUCCCUCCAGAAUUUACAGGCUGAUGCUGCACUGCUGGUCUCUGAGCCCGAAAGAGCGCCCAACCUUCAGCGAACUGCUCUCCGCGCUGGGACAGCUGCCCUCCAACAGCAAGGCCUGAGGGGGGCGGAGUCCCCCGCCCAGAGACUCAGAUAUAGGGCUAGCCUUCAUAAUGGUAGGUUGGGUGUGCAGGGACAGAAUGGCAGGAAGACGCUUGCAGCCUCCGCUCUUCCACAGUAUUAGUGCUCAUUGGUUGUGGGUCUGAGGCCAGACUUCUGCAACCAACAGCCCAACAGGAUAUCCUCUGCCGCUAGUGCAAAGGACCAUGGGAACUACCUCUGCAGGUCACCAUUCCGAGCGUCUGCUGCCACCACCCGCCAGCCCAGGGAAAACGCACAAAGUCAGCAGGGGGCGCUGCUGAAGGUGGACCUGAUACUGUACAUUUCAGGCAGUGGUAUGGACCUGAUACUGUAUGUUUCAUACACUGGAUUAGACCUGAUACAGUAUGUUUCAUACACUGGAUUAGACCUGAUACAGUAUGUUUCAUACACUGGAUGAGACCUGAUACAGUAUGGUUCAUACACUGGAUUAGACCUGAUACUGUAUGUUUCAUACACUGGAUUAGACCUGAUACAGUAUGUUUCAUACACUGGACUAGACCUGAUACAGUAUGUUUCAUACACUGGAUGAGACCUGAUACAGUAUGGUUCAUACACUGGAUUAGACCUGAUACUGUAUGUUUCAUACACUGGAUUAGACCUGAUACAGUAUGUUUCAUACACUGGAUGAGACCUGACACUGUAUGUUUGAAACACUGAGAUGAACUUGAUAGUGUUUGUUUCAAACACUGGGAUGGACCUGAUACUGUACGUUUCAAACGCUAGAAUGGACCUGAUACUGUACGCUUCAAACACUGAGAUGGACCUGAUACUGUACCUUUCAAACACUGGGAUGGACCUGAUACUGUACCUUUCAAACACUGAGAUGGACCUGAUACUGUACCUUUCAAACACUGAGAUGGACCUGAUACUGUACCUUUCAAACACUGAGAUUAACUUGAUAGUGUUUGUUUCAAACACUGGGAUGGACCCGAUACUGUACGUUUGAAACCCUGGGAUGGGGACUGGAAGUGGUGGCAUAUGUUUUUUGCAUGUGUGUUUUUAAGGUAUACCUGUCAGUGUUUACCUGAGUGUGGAGGAGCCACGGACAGUGAAGACCUGGAGACAGGCUUGGGAGGAAAGCUUUUCAUGCUGUCAGUCAUCCUGGCCUCCCGUGCAGGCCGCAUUAUUCAAACAGCCAAUCCCUGAAGAGACCCACCUCUGGGCCGUCCCACCUAGAGCGGUGCAGAAACCAUGCGCACUAACCAAACUCAGUUUAUUUUUAAAUCGUUAUUUUAAAUUCUUAUGUUUUUUUUGUUUUUUUUUGUCUUUUUAAAAGCAUCUCGAUGGGAAUGCUGGGUGCUCGGUAACGAGUGAGCACCGCGGUCUCGGUUCGAGUCCGGCCCGCACCAGUGCCGACUGGCCAGCAGCUCCGCGGGGGCGCACACAGCUGGCUUUGCGUUGCCCGAGGAUUAUGGGAGGGAGUCAGUCGGCGGGGAUAGCAGUGUUUAUUGCUUGAGCGACUUACAUUAAUUAGGCGGACGCUUUUAUCCAAAGGGACGCGCGGUGCAUACCGCGGGCGCCCGUGGCUCGCUCUCUGUACACGCGUAUGAUUGGGCCUCCUCCACCCCCGCUCUGCGCAUGCACGGCUUGUGGCUGCGGCGUGAAAAAGAGCGGUUGGCUGACACCACGCGUUUCGGAGUAGAACCGCGAGUUGUCUUCGCUCUCCCGAGCCGGCAGCAGGGGCCGUAUAUGAGCGUGAUUGUACACCCUUUGGAAAUCGGACAUUCUAAAUUUGCGUGGGAUUGGAGAUGUUGUAGAAUAAAAUCUGUGUGUUAAUAAGUGACAUGCAAACUGGUCCCACGGUUGGUCUUUGCCACAUUAUUGACUCAAAGUGCCUGAAAAUGAAGGAUUUUUUUCAGCUUAGUACAUGGUCUUAUCAAGAUAUUUUUUAUCUUGGACCUUUUCCAAUACCUUUGGAUUUAUUUUUUUAUUUCUUUGCACAUGCCUAGCUGUUUUAUUGUAUCUGAAUGUUAGGCACAUACACUAAUCUCUUCUAAUCUGCUUCUGAAGAAGGUUACAGUAACCAUGUACAGUACUUACUUUCAAUAAAGCUUUGUGAUAUCUGAGCAUU